CUGCCUAUUUACAUUUAGUUGGAUUCUUGUAUUGGACAGCGGUGUUUGUGUUUUGCUAUACAUUUAGGAGACAAAUUAAAUAAGAAAUUUUUUGACCUUAAAGAUCUAUAAAUUUAUCUGAGCUACUUUUGAUUCAAUGCAUUUCUUGUAAUCAAGAAAUAAAUAAAAAAAAACAACGGUGGCAUUUGUUUGUGUGUGGGAUGAGUGUUAAUAUAAAUAGUGAAAAAAUUGUCGCAGAUUGAUCGAUAAUUCUAAGCGCAACGUGCUCCUGAUAGUCACGUAGGUUACACUCCGUUAAUUUAUAGCCGGAUCAUCGAGAUAGUUUUAUAACUUCAUGACUAAAGUAGGCUAUCUAUUUUGGUGACAUUAUUAUCAAAGCUUCUUCGCUUCUUGAUAGCUUACCACUGCGUAAUUUGUUCUCCCCAACCGGCAACGAGUAGUGGUUUGUGCAAAAAAUAAAAGUGGAUAACAAUUGUCGCUAUCGUAGUGCAAAACACAGAACAAAAUGUCGAACGCUGGUGAAAAAUUUAAACUGUCUCGGGAUGAAUUUCGUAACAUUUCUCGUUGUUUGGGAAACGAAGAAUUUCGGAAAAUGUUUGCAGAAUAUUGUGAAGAACUUAAUGAUCCAGAGAAUCGAAAACAGUACGAGGAAGAGCUGAAAAUGAUGGAAGCUGAGAGGGGAUAUGACGUGAAGUUCAUUAAACCUUUACCGGGUUAUGUAAUUAAAACCGUCACUCAGAGCAAGAUGAAAGCUUUUGUCAACGUUUGUCACAGCGAUGUGGUUGAAAAACCGAUAAGUCAAUGUUCCACGAAUGAAAAAGGUCAGAGAGGCUUAAAAUGGAGCAUUCCAUAUGCCCAAAGUCAUCCGAGGAAAGAUUAUGACAAUAAACAAAACGAAUGUGUUGUAUAUGAUGUUGUAUUUCACUACGAUACGCUCCAUUUAACCAAAAGAAAUACAAACUUUCGCAGAUUGGUGACAGACACUGCCAUGGAUGCUGUGGAAAAUUCAUUCAAUGUUUCAUUGGAUAGGAAUAAUUUAAAAUUUCCUAAACUGCAAUACAAAGGUGUUCCGAAAAUGACCGUCAUCCGUGAAAAGAUAACAAAAAUUGAAGGUAUUCAGAAAGAUAGCUUGAUCGAUAAAUUUUCCUCCAUGUCAAAGUUAGAAAAUGUAACAACAAAAAUCGAUAAUAAGGAGAAUAUAAGCAAUAGCCAAGAAGUGACGAAAUUGGAAAAUGAUUAUACCACUCCCUCUUUCAACAUUAUCUAUAGAAAGGAUGUCGAGUACCAUGAAUUAACCGAUGAAUUGGAUUCGAAAAUGAACCUCAGCAUCCCCAAUGCACUUCUGCUUAUAAUUCAAUUACCUCUUUUGAGAUCUGCAGCUGAAUGCACGUUGAACAUCACAGGCAAAGAACUGCAUUUAAUUAGUGAGAAACCAGCAAAGUACAAACUUGAGGUUAAACUACCAUUCGAAGUUGUGGAAAAAGAAGCAAACGCUAAGUUUAACGUGGAUGAUAAAACAUUGACCGCUACUCUUCCCGUUCUAAAAAGACAUCGUGUUACACUAAAUGAUAUAAACACUAUUAAUUGCAUUGAUCGCCACUCCAUCAGUUCAUCUGAAUCUCAUGAUGAAUACACGGUUAAUAAAAAACAAGAUGUAAAAUCCGAACAUCAAAAAACUCCACAAGUCGAAUCCCAAAUCGAAAAAACGAAAAUUGUUUUUCCCAAAUUUUCUACUAAUAAAAUGGAUAAUGUGUUUGCAUUCACCCUGAGUGUUCGCAAUGUCGAUCCUACGUCAAUAGAACUAAUCAAAGGCACAGAUACGGUUUGUUGCAGAUUUACUAAUAUUGGAAGUGGAUUCUUUCCUUGCCAUUACACGUUCAUUGUUCGUUUUCACAAUAGUAGUAUCACUGAGGCACUAUACGAGGAAUGGGAUAACAAUUUGAUUCUGCAGAUCGAGCUGGAAAGUGCACAAAUUGUUUGUUAUUACGCCGGAGCUAACGAGAAUGAUUUGGUGCAGUACUCUAUAAUGGAAGAUAUUACUGAUAAGAUAGAUAAAUUUGGGAAAGAGAUUGAAGAUGACAGUUUGUGUAUAGCUGUAUCUAAAGCUGCUGUCAAGCGUGAACGAAAAUCUUCCGGACUAAGUAUCGAGAUCAAAACAAAAAGUGACUCUGAUGCUAGCGAUGGGGAAAACGAUGAAACAAAUGAGCGAGAACAAAAGACUGAUCAAACCUUGAAAGAUGAACCAUGUUCAACUAAGAGUGACGAUUGUGGCGAACAUAGUACAAACCCUCCAGGAGACGAAAAAGUUGAUGGAGUUCAUAACAAACAUGCAAGCGAAAAUGGUUGCAAAAAGUCGAAGAAAAAUUCUCGGAAGAAGAACAAAAAACGAUCUCUGUCUGAAUCGUGCUGUGAUCAAUUGAAGGUGAAACAAGUUAAUGUCGAAACUCGAGCUGUGGACGCCGCAAAAUGUAAGGAACCGACUGCUAGCAUUAAACAGCGUAAAACUCGAAGUGUGUCAGAAUCUUUUUCUUCAAACUGUGCAUCAGCUGGUGGCGAUUCUGAUUCGGUUGACAAUCUUACUGCAUUAAUACAUUUCAACCGCAAGUGCAAAGGAAUUUUAAAGCGAUCGUGUUUGGAAAGAAGCAUUAGUGAAUGCUCGUCGGUUGAUGAUCCUUUAUACCUAGCCACAUCCGUAGAUUGUUCAAGUCUGGGGGAAUCAGUUGAGCAUCCUCAUGGCGAACUAUCCGAGAGUUGCAGGAAAACUGUUCGGUUUAAUGAUUUCAUUAAAACUAAAACAUUUAGGUCGAAUUCUAGCAUUCUCGCCCAGAAAAAGAAAAAUGCUAAGAAAAACGAAAGCAAACGUCGUUCACUUACCAGGCGGUUAAGUGAAGGAGAAAGUACUGAUAAUGACGAUAAGGAACAUUUGCACGAUAGUGAUAAUUCCCAUCAAGAAGUACAAACCGAUCAAGAACAUGAUAGUGGAAUUUCGUUGGAUUCUGAUGCGGGUCUUUCGAUGGAUAAAGAGCUCUAUACUGAAAUCGAAGAUCUACUUCAAGUUGAUUCCACGAAACCAAUCGAUAUCAAUCGUGCGGCUGUAAAAAAUGUUCCUAACAAGAAAAUUGAUAAUACCACCAAAAAUACUGAAUUUCCACCAAGUAAGAAUACUAAACGGAUUGAUUCAAAUGAUAUUGAGUUCAAAGCUGAUAUGAUUUUCGAUAUUGAAAUGUGAAAAGGAUUGACUAUAUUGUAUUUGUUUGUUCUAAUUUUGCUAGAGCAUUGCGAAUUUGGCCUUUCGUCGUCUUUAAACGAUGAUCUGAUUUGUCUACUUAAAAUUAAUAUUCAAGUCCUUGAAUGCAUUGCACUGGAUCAGCACAUAAUUAUUACAUUUCAUAGUUUAUUAAUUAAGGUUCACAGAAAUUGUAUGAUACAAUAUAAGAGAGAUGGAUAGCAUUUCUUAUAUAAAUGA